AUGCAACGCUCAAAUUAUAACGGAUGGAGAUCAUUAUGUCUACCUCAUGUUCUCUUCUACACUUUCGUAAUCAUAAUUAUACUAUUUCUUUUGAUUCUGACUAUCACCGUUGCGAAAUCGAAAUCUUAUGUUGCGAGAUCGUCUGCUGUUCAUGGUGCUUUCAAUGAUAUAAUUGGUUUUCCUGCAUUACAUUCAUCAAAGCACGAUCCGUAUGUUCAAUGGACAUUUUUACAUUUGAAUGAUGUUUAUGAAUUACUACCACUCGAUCGAGGACGUCGAGGCGGUCUGGCACGCGUUGCAUAUAUUCGCAAGUUAUUGAAAGAAGAAAAUCCUCAUACAUAUACAAUUCUCGCUGGUGAUCUUCUCUCUCCAUCGGCAUUAAGCUCAUCGAAAGUAAAUGGAACAAAUCUAAAUGGAAAACAAAUGAUUGCAACGAUGAAUACACUUGGACUUGAUCUGAUGACACUUGGCAAUCAUGAAUUUGAUUUAUCAGAAAAGGACUUAAUCGCUCGAAUGAAUGAAUCAACAUUUACAUGGAUAAGUACGAAUGUAUUUCAGAAAGAUUCAAAUGAACUAUUCGGACCGAGUAUUUCACAUAAAAUCAUCACCAUUGAGUCAGUUCGAGUACUGUUCAUUGGUUUAACUAUUGAUAAUAAUCAACCGUAUAUUCGUAUUAUCAAUCGAACAUCUCUGAUUAAUUAUGUUCAACAAUACUUGGACAAAUUUCCUAAUGGAACAUACGAUAUUCUCGUGGCUAUAACUCAUUUAAAUGUCGAAAUGGACAUGAAACUCGCUGAACAGAUUCCUCGAAUCGAUCUGAUUCUUGGUGGACACGAACACGAAAAUCAAUAUUAUAUUCGAGGGUAUCAACAAACACCGAUUUACAAAGCUGAUGCCAAUGCAUUUACAGUUUAUAUACUUCGUUGUACAUACAACAUGAGAACGAGACAAUUUCAUGUUUAUCCGACGUUAUCUCCGGUGACAUCGGCGAUACCGGAAGAAGAACAAACUGCACAAGUAGCCAACUACUGGUUUAAACUAGGCGUCGAAGGAUAUCGUGCGACAGGUUUUGAACUAUCUGAAGUUGUCUCUUGUCUCCCUUCCGGGGUGGAGUUGGAUGGUCGAUCGGAGUCAAUUCAAGCCUCUUCCACACUUCUCACUGAUUUAAUGUGUCAAGCUAUGAUCAAAUCAACUGAAUUCACCCAAACUACGAUUGGCUUUCUCAAAAUCGGUACCAUACGCAUCGAUGAUGUUCUCCGUGGCACCAUAACCCAAUAUGACAUUCUACGCACGUUACCUUUCACAAAUUAUGUUCAAAGUAUAUCGAUAUCUGGUCAAGUACUCGCACGGAUUCUAACAGACAAUCUAUCAAAGCAAAGAAAAGGUUCGUUACUUGCUUACAUUGGAGUCGAAACACUAGAUGACGGUCAGACAUGGUUAGUCAACGGUACUGAUGUCUCGAUUAGCAAUCAGAACUACCGAAUUGCAACAACCGAUUAUACGCAACAACGACUUGCAUUGAACAGCACAGAUAUGACAAUUCUAGCUAAAACGAAUUUGCUAUUAUCGAAAAGUUUUAUGGAUUUCUUACGAAUAAAAUAUCCUCCUUGUUGA